GCAGGCGCCAAUCGCCCGGGCCCGCCCCCUCCGCCAUUAACGGCCCGGCCGAGUCGCGAGGCGGGCUUGCUUCCUCAUUUUCCCUCAGAGGCGCAGAAGGCGAGCGGGGGAAGAAGCAGCCGCGCUUUCCCGCUGAGGCGGAGACGCAGCAGCCCAGGCGGGCCCAGCUGACUGAGGCGGCGGCGGCUGCGGCGGUAUCUCGGGCCUGCCCGCCCGCCCGCCGCCGCCAUUAUGCGCCACAGCCUGGCCCAGCUGCUGGCCAGUUCGUCGGCCUGCCCAUCCCCGAGCAAAGGGCCGCCUCUCGCCAGGAGCGGCAGCCGGGCCGAGGCGGGCGACGAAGCCGCGCCGCCGGGCCGCGAGGACAGCGACGAUUCCUCUUCCCUCGAGGAGGCGGGUGGCGCCGAGCUGCUCUUCCCGGCGGGCCUGGAGCUGGAGCUCGACGACUGGCUGGAGGCGGCGGUGGUGGCGACCGAGAACCGGCCGGGCUGGUUGGCGAGCCCGGAGCGGGCCUGCGCGGAGACUGAGGAGGAGGAGGAACAGCCGAAGCAGCAGCAGCAGAGGCCGCAGCAGCAAGGCCGCCGCCCCGCGCGGCCAGCGGGGAGCAGCCGCCUGAAGGCCGCGGCCGCGGCCCGCCUGAACCGCCAGCGGAAGAAGCAGUACGUGAUGGGCCUGGAGAGCCGCCUGCAAGGCCUGGCGGCCGAGAACCGCGGCCUCCGCGACCGCAACCGCGGCCUGUGCCGCCGCCUGCGCGACCUGGAGAGGGAGACCAGCUACCUGCGCGCCGUGCUGGCCAACCAGAGCGCCCUGGGGAGGCUCCUCAGCCGCUUGGCCGGCGACGGCAGAGUGGGGCUCCGCAUCAGCAGCAGCGGCCUGGUCGACGACGGGGCGGCGGCGGCGGCCGUGCUGGAGGCCAGGCCGGCCUACGAGGCCAGCGGCGACCACGACUACGCCCUGCCGGUGGUGCCCGAGGGAGGCGAGCGCAAGAGGCCGGCUUCCCCCAGCGCCGGCGGCAUCUGCCUGCACGUGGAUCGCGACCAGGUUUCGGUGGAGUUCUGCUCGGCUUGCGCCCGGCGGGCGGCGGUGGGCUCUGCUUUGGCGGCGGCGGCCGCCUCGCCUCCCUCCACCGCCGACUCCUACUCCUACUCUACCUUCGCCUCCAAAAUUUUCUCUUUUAGGUGGUUGCCCUGCCAGGCUCCGUUGUGUAGGGGUUAAAAGAACAGUCGCUUUCCACCUCGCAACCUGUGGAUACAGCUGUCAUGGGGCAGAAGAGACGGGACCAGCUGCUGGCACACUUCCUGCUUUAUUUUAAAAGGUAGUAUGAUUAAAAAGGGGGAAAGGUAACAGGGCUUUUGCAGCAUUUUACUUUAAAACAACACUGCAAAAUUAUGUGAAUGUUUUGAAUAAUACAGUCUAUCAAGAAAAUGAGUAUAAUACUAAUGUGAAAAGUAACGGUGUGAAAAAGCACUUGUUCUCCUACAUCAAUUUCCUCCUUAUUCUCAGUCAAUUGUCUAAAUUAUUUGAAGUACAUCCUUUCGGCAUAGCAGAGACCAUGAGCCUCGCCUGAACUAUAAAUUCAUUUAUAUGGCUGUUCAUGUUUUGGGUUAUAUUUGUAGUGCAGGUGUAUUUCUUAUCUGCCUAUCUCUGAACUAUACAGAGUGGCUGACAUCCCUUUUCUGGGGGAAAUUGCAGCCCAACACAGGACAAAUCUAUAUACUGGUACAUGUCUUGGGUUAGUCCCCAUAUACCAGUUGCUGUAAAUGAGUGCAAUCUUGGAAAGUCCUCUAGCUAUUCAUAACCCAUGCUUGAUGGCAUGGGAGCAUAACACCUGAAAUUGUAUACUAAUCAAUUUUAAAUUAUACUCUUAUUCAGCAUUCUGCAUUUAUAAUGGAAGCAGUACAUUAUAUACAGUCCCAUUAAUGCUCCGUAUGACCUAGUGCUGUUGUUUUUCAAAAGCUAGGGUCAACAUCCCCUCCUUUUUGUUGCUAGUACCUUUCCAGUUGACAGGCCACAAUUGGCUGUCACUGUGUUGCAUAGUUUCUGAAGUUGAUGCAUUUUUACAAUUGCUUUUCACAAUAGACAUUUUUGUUAAUGUGGUAUUUCUGUGAAAGCAGACAUUCUCUCUUUUAAUUUUGUAUUAUUGAAAUACUUUGUUAGAUAAAAAACAUUCUGGGUAGUUGAUCCACCUUGUGUGUCAUUGCCCCUUGAAGAAUAAGCUGUUGCAUCUGUAUACAAAGGGAGUGGCUGCUUGUUUUUCAACAAGGCAAAUGACACACUUGCUUAGCAAAAAUCUCAAAAAUAUUACUGCAGGGAUUUUAGUGCCUAUUGAAGCAUGUUGAAGCCAAAUAAAAUUGCAAACCUUUUUUUCUUGCUAAUCGGUUGAGUAUUGUUGAAUAUUUUUUUGAAAUUGAAGCCUUGAAUAAUAGUACUUGAAAUAUGUGUGAAUGUUUCUGUGUAACUAGUUGUGUCAUACCUAUGAGAACACAGUGUCCUAAUAAAAAAAAUGUGUUGAUCUUCCA